CGUAACCUAAAGGGAAUGUUACGGUUAAAAUUCCUAGUUGGGAUAUUAUACUGAUAAAUAACUAUUUCCAAUUGUUGAAAUUGUUUAAAUAUUUGAAAUUGGGCUUUUAUAGAGAGAAGGGUGUAAAAUGGGAAAACUGGUCAUCUAAUCGGGCCCGGUGUGACAUGAGGAGAACCGGUGUCACGCGGAUUGUUUGCUGAUUGACCGUGAGACGUCUCUCCUUUGAUUCCGGAUUUGAAAUGUUGAAGAGUGUGAUAAAACAUGGACUUCACUGUCUACUACUUUUCACAGUGAUUCUAGUUUUUGAAAUACUCUCCGGAGGGCUGCGAAUGAGUUCAAAAGAAGUGCCGGUGAUAGAUCCAUGGGCGACAUACGGAUUUUUAGGAACUGUUUUGCUUUAUGUGCUGAGACUGUUAGCAUUUUUACCGUUGCCACAAGUUCUACUUAAUUUCGCUGGUUUGACAUUGUACAAUGCUUUCCCUGAGAAAGUGGUUUUAAAAGGAAGCCCACUCCUGGCUCCUUUUAUUUGCGUGAGAAUCGUAACUCGUGGUGACUAUCCGCAAUUAGUGAGGACCAAUGUGUACAGGAACCUGACAAAAUGUCUAGAUGCCGGUUUAGAACAUUUCAUUAUAGAAGUUGUAACGGAUAAGCCUAUAAAUUUAACAAAAGAUCGUAGAAUCGUAGAAACAGUCGUACCAAAGGAUUAUAAAACAAAAAGCGGCGCUUUGUUCAAGGCUCGUGCACUUCAGUAUUGUUUAGAUGUUAAUGCCAAUGUGUUAUCAGAUAACGACUGGAUUGUCCAUUUAGACGAAGAAACACUUCUUACUGAAAACUCGAUCCGAGGGAUACUGAACUUUGUCUUAGAUGGAAAACAUUGUUUUGGGCAAGGGCUGAUAACGUACGCUAAUGAAGAAGUGGUCAACUGGGUGACAACACUAGCGGACAGCUUCAGAGUCGCUGAUGAUAUGGGAAAAUUGAGGAUGCAAUUUUCAUUUUUUCACAAGCCAUUGUUGAGUUGGAAAGGCUCUUAUGUUGUGACACAGAUGAAAGCUGAGCGAGAUGUGUCAUUUGACAAUGGACUGGAUGGCUCGGUCGCUGAAGAUUGCUUUUUUGCGAUGAGAGCAUUCAAACAAGGAUACACAUUUAACUUCAUCGAAGGAGAGAUGUGGGAGAAAUCCCCGUUCUCUCUAUGGGAUUUUGUUCAACAACGAAAGCGCUGGCUUCAGGGUAUAUUGUUGGUAGUACACAACAAAAACAUACCAUUGAAAAAUAAAUUUUUACUAGGUAUCACUUGUUAUUCGUGGGUAACUAUGCCUCUAUCAACAUCAAAUAUCAUACUCGCUUCUGUCUGUCCUAUCCCCUGCCCCCCGCUAAUGGAUUUCCUAUGUGCGUUCAUCGGUGCUGUCAGUAUUUACAUGUAUAUUUUUGGCGUUAUUAAAUCAUUCUCACUUUAUAGAUUUGGCAUAUUGAAAUUUUGCCUUUGCAUCUGUGGAGCUUUAGCAACGAUUCCUGUUAACAUAGUAAUUGAAAAUGUUGCCGUCAUAUUGGGUUUAAUCGGUAAAAAACACAAAUUCUACAUUGUAAAAAAAGAUUUAAGAUUUACAGAAACUGUUUAAAAAUUGUUAUAUUUUGUACAUUUAUCAGUUAUAUAUAUUUUUUUCUCUUUCAAUUAGCCAUUAUAAACCCCAAAACAAGUAUUGAUAACAGUCUCUUAAAUGGCAGCUUCUUACUUAUGUUAACAAAUGGCAUGGUAAAUAUGCCAGAACAUAACUGCACAAAAACUAACGGUUUUAUAUUUCAUAAUUUAUUAUGAAUUUAUUAAAAAAAAUAAUUUAUUUUAAAAAAAUUACUAGUAAAAAAAGUGUACAAGUAAAUCAUUACUAAAUAGGUCUUGUACAAGAAUAGCUUUCAAAAUUUGUUAAAACAAUUUAUUUAGAAUUUUUAUAUUAGAAACAAAUAUCUUCUCUAAUGUCAAAAUGUUUUAAGUAUUCAUGGGUGAGAUGUAUAAAACUGUAGUUUUGCUUUGGAAUGUUUUUUGAACCGUUUAAUGCUUGAAAUCUACGUUUGAUAUAACAGUCUGCAUAUUGUGCAUAAUUGAAACUUUUGAUUCUCUUCCUAGUUUCAUAUUAUAUGUAAGAGUAGGUUUAAAAAUGUGUAUUCGAUUUAUUUAGGCGCAUAGAGAUUAAUAUUUAUGAUACCAAAAUAAUUUAAAAGACUGAAAACCAAAGAAUUUUACUUUGAGUCUUUGCAUAUACAAAUUAUAGAAAUUAUGAGGCACUAUUUAUAAUUAUUUACAUUAUUGUUUGUAGAGAUUUUCAAAAUUUUCGGAAGAUUUGCAGUUGUAUUGUCGGAGAAGAAAUUAAAUUAUUAAAUCUACUUACUUUGGGUGUGUUGGAACUAAUCAGACCCAUAGGCUUUUUAUUUGUUUUAAGAGAUCAAUUUUUCGGGGGCAUCCUUGAAUCCUUGAAAUUAUUAAAAUUCAUACUGUCAUAAUGAAAUUAGCUAGUCAGUUAAAAGUUAUAUUGAUUUUUUUUUUACAUUUUGAAAGUAAAAUUUAAUAAUUUAAUUCACCAACCGAUCAAUUUAAAUUGGAUUUAUCAAUUUAAUUUCUCUUUUUUUUUGCCUUCAUUAAAUGUCAGAACCUUGUAGUUAUUAGCGUAACAUUUAAAAUGGACCAUCUGAUAUUAUUUGUGAACAAUUUGAUGAUUUUCCUCUUAUUUUAAUUAUUGUUAGAUAAAAAGUUUUUGUAGUUGAUUAUAGUAGCUGUUUUCUGUGUUGCAUAUGUUCAUAUAACUUUAAAUGGUAUGUUUGAGAUACGAGGGCUGCCAGGUCAUUAAAACUGUCAUACAACCAUAUCAUUUAUUAAAGUAAUUUAGAUUAUAAAAAAAUUACAUGAACAAUUUCUAAUAAUAGAAAUGCUUAAAAGAUAUUUUCUUUUCUAGACUUAAAAUUCAGAACAAAUUAGUUUACUUAUAUUUAUAUUGUAUACAUCCCCCCAAUAUAUUGUUUAAUAUAAUUUUGUUAAUAAUCUUAUUGGGAAAGAUUGCACUCUCACGAAUUUCCAUUGUUUUAACAUUUUCAGAAGAGUAUGAGAAAAAAAUUGUUUUAUUUAACAAUUGUUGCAGUAAGAAAAUUGAAUUUUUGUCAAUACAUAAAAUAUAACUCACUGAAGAUGCAACCAGACGAUGAAAAACAGAAAAGCUGAGCUAGUUGGAAUGGAGCUUAUCCUUCACAUGCAGGCAAUUUCCAUUACUUUCAU